CUGAACCAGAACCAGAACCAGAACCAGAACCAUCUCUCCCUCCCUUUUCCCUCACGCUCUCCUCCCACAGAGAGAAUUUUUUAGGCCAAAACACAUUGGCUGCAGGUGGUGAGUUUUCCGGCAUCCUAUGAGGAUUACAGGUCUCGACCCCUUUAGGGGUCGUCUUUGGCCUCAAUUGGUCCUGGCUUUGGCCAUAGUCCUUGUUUCGAGCAAUGUAGCUUCAGUCUCUGGAGAUGCUUAUCCUUAUAGUUCUCCACCACCACCUUACGAGUACAAGUCACCUCCUCCACCUGUUCAUUCUCCACCACCACCAUACGAGUACAAGUCACCUCCUCCUCCGGCUCAUUCUCCGCCUCCACCUUACGAAUACAAGUCACCGCCACCACCUGCCCACUCCCCACCUCCACCUUACGAGUACAAGUCUCCGCCACCACCUGCCCACUCCCCGCCUCCACCUUAUGAGUACAAGUCACCUCCUCCACCUGUCCACUCCCCGCUACCACCUUAUGAGUACAAGUCACCUCCUCCACCCGCCCACUCCCCGCCACCACCUUAUGAGUACAAGUCUCCGCCACCACCUGUCCACUCCCCGCCACCACCUUAUGAGUACAAGUCACCUCCUCCACCUCCUUACAUCUACAAGUCUCCACCCCCUCCUUCUAGUCCACCCCCGAAGCCUUACUACUACAAGUCUCCUCCACCGCCGGUUCACUCGCCUCCACCACCUUAUUACUACAAGUCUCCACCACCACCACCACCUCCUUCAAGUCCACCCCAAAAGCCAUACUACUACAAGUCUCCUCCACCGCCGGUUCAUUCGCCUCCACCGCCUUAUUACUACAAGUCUCCACCACCCCCCUCGCCCUCACCUCCGCCUCCUUACUACUAUAAAUCUCCACCACCACCGGUCAAGUCUCCACCACUACCACCUUACUAUUAUAAAUCUCCACCACCACCCAAGCACCUUCCUCCUCCAUACUACUACAAAUCUCCUCCACCACCUUCACAUCCGCUACCACCCCCAUACUACUAUAAAUCUCCACCACCACCCAAGCACCUUCCUCCUCCAUACUACUACAAAUCUCCUCCACCACCUUCACAUCCGCUACCACCUCCAUACUACUAUAAAUCUCCACCACCACCCAAGCACCUUCCUCCUCCAUACUACUACAAAUCUCCUCCACCACCUUCACAUCCGCUACCACCCCCAUACUACUAUAAAUCUCCACCACCACCCAAGCACCUUCCUCCUCCAUACUACUACAAAUCUCCUCCACCACCUUCACAUCCGCUACCACCUCCAUACUACUAUAAAUCUCCACCACCACCCAUGUCCCUUCCUCCCCCAUACCAUUACCCUCCUCAUAUGCACCAUCCAUUGAUAGUCAAGGUGGUAGGAAAAGUCUACUGCUACAGAUGCUAUGACUGGGGAUAUCCAAUCAAAUCACACGACAAGAAGCAUCUCAAAGGUGCCGUCGUGGAGGUAACUUGCAAGGUUGGAAAGGAUGAGAUCAAGGCCUAUGGUACCACUAAGAUCAACGGCAAAUAUAGCAUCUUAGUCAAAGGGUUUGACUACAACAAGGACGGUGGGGCAGAGGCCUGCAAGGCGAAGCUCCACGCUGCACCCAAACAUUCACCAUGUAAGAUCCCCACUGACCUUCACUGGGGCAAAAAGGGUGCCAAGCUCAAGGUCAAGUCCAAGAAUCACUAUGAAGUUGUGCUCAGAGCUAAGCCAUUCGCUUAUGCUCCAAAGGCUCCUUACAAGGAGUGUGAGAAGUCCAAGCCCAAGCCAAUGCCCAAAUCUCCACCACCACCAGUUUACCAUCCACCAUAUGUCUACAAAUCUCCACCACCACCGGUUUACCAUCCACCAUAUGUCUACAAAUCUCCACCACCGCCGGUCUCUCAUCCUCCCCCAAGCUACAUUUACAAGUCUCCACCACCACCGAUUUAUCAUCCACCCUACAUGUACAAGUCUCCUCCACCACCUGUUUACUACCCACCACCCACUUACAUCUAUAAGUCACCACCACCACCACCUUACAUCUACAAGUCUCCACCACCACCAGCCCAUUUACCGCCACCAUACUACUACAAGUCCCCACCACCACCAGUCUACUCCCCUCCACCUCCAUACUAUUACAAGUCCCCACCACCACCACCAUCCCAUCCUCUCCCUGCCCCGUACUAUUAUAAGUCUCCUCCUCCACCAGUGCACUCUCCACCACCACCUUACUACUACAAAUCCCCGCCUCCACCAGUGCACUCACCCCUUCCUCCAUAUGUGUAUAAGUCCCCGCCACCACCGGUGCAUUCUCCACUGCCACCAUACUACUAUAAAUCUCCACCUCCACCGGUGCAUUCUCCCCCUCCACCAUAUGAGUACAAGUCUCCACCACCACCGGUGCACUCUCUCCCACCACCUUACUACUACAAAUCUCCACCACCACCAGUGCAUUCUCCCCCUCCUCCAUAUGAGUACAAGUCUCCACCACCACCGGUGCACCCUCCACUGCCACCUUACUACUACAAAUCCCCACCACCACCAGUGCAUUCUCCCCCUCCUCCAUAUGAGUACAAGUCCCCACCACCACCACCAGUGCACUCACUUCCACCACCUUACUACUACAAAUCCCCGCCUCCACCAGUGCAUUCUCCCCCUCCUCCAUAUGAGUACAAGUCUCCACCACCACCAGUGCACCCUCCACUGCCACCUUACUACUACAAAUCCCCACCACCACCAGUGCAUUCUCCCCCUCCUCCAUAUGAGUACAAGUCUCCACCACCACCGGUGCACCCUCCACUGCCACCUUACUACUACAAAUCCCCACCACCACCAGUGCAUUCUCCCCCUCCUCCAUAUGAGUACAAGUCUCCACCACCACCAGUGCACUCUCUUCCACCACCUUACUACUACAAAUCCCCGCCUCCACCAGUGCACUCUCCCCCUCCUCCAUAUGUGUAUAAGUCCCCACCACCUCCAGUGCAUUCUCCCCCUCCUCCAUAUGAGUACAAGUCCCCACCACCGCCAGUGCACUCUCUUCCACCACCUUACUACUACAAAUCCCCACCACCACCAGUGCAGUCUCCUCCACCUCCAUAUGAGUACAAGUCCCCUCCACCACCAGUACACUCUCCUCCUCCUCCAUAUGAAUACAAGUCCCCACCACCACCUGUGCACUCUCCUUCACCUCCUUACAUGUACAAGUCCCCUCCACCACCAUAUGAGUACAAGUCCCCACCACCACCUAUGCAUUCUCCUCCACCUCCUUACAUGUACAAGUCCCCUCCACCACCAGUCCACUCUCCUCCACCUCCAUACGAGUACAAGUCUCCUCCACCCCCAGUGCACUCUCCACCACCACCAUAUGAGUAUAAGUCCCCACCCCCUCCAGUUCACUCUUCCCCUCCUCCCUACUUCUACAAAUCACCUCCCCCACCUGAGAAAUCUCCUCCACCACCUGUCUACAUUUAUGCAUCUCCUCCACCACCAAUUCACUACUAAGCUCGAGAAGACCAGCCUCGUAGCACACCAAUCAUAUGUUAGUUUCGAGAAUGCAAUAAGAGAAGACACAAUUAGAGAAAGAUAUAGGAACCAAGCUUCCAAUCCAAGUUCAUUCAAUAAGGAUCUGACUGCAACAUUUGAUUCCUAUAUACAUCAUUCAGAUCAGAUUGCUUCUACUUAUCUGGUGGCCAUGUUACACACUAUAAUCUUAUUAUAUUCAAGUUGGAGUGGCUUCAGAGGUUUACAUGAGGAAAGUCGGAUUAGGAAGUGGGAUUCAAAGUGUCACUAGAAUUUGGAUGUGCAUGUCAGUCUGUCACGUUUAUUUAUUUAUUUUCAAAUUUCCACUCGGUUAUAUCCUAGAGGUUGUUCCAUCUAGUCAUUUAAAAAUUGUAUAGAGUAUGACCGUGUAUGAUUGGGUUUCCUACUUAUUAUGGUAAUUUGUUUGUUGGAACUUCUUGUGCUUUGUGCAAUGAGAUUAUUAUCAAUAAAGAAAUUAAGACAGA